AUUAUCGCGAUGAGCAUGGCGAGAUCCUGACGUAAUAUUUACGUGCAUCUACAAUAUGUUGCUGCUCUUACAGGAGUUAUGUCCAAGAUUUUAGUUACGCAGGAUACAAGUGACAGAGCUAUUUUCCUCGGGUGGAAGUGCACGGACACUUCCCGUGGGAGUAGAAACCAGGAAGACAACGUCGCACAGACAUCUCGUCUACAAAAUAGAUCGCAUCACCGGGAAAGACAAAGGAGAAGACGUUACGAAGCCAACGCAGAGAAGCGAUCAGACUUUGAUUCUCUUGGAAAUUUACUGUACCGAAGGGUCGAUUCGUCUCUCUGGUCCGGUUACAUGUGUGUUCUACAGUACGAUGUAUAUACCUCGUGGCUCAUAUGUUUAAGCACACUAUGA